UUUUGUCUUAGUUGUUUCGCUUUGCUUGUAGCGACCGAACGUAGCGAAAGAGUUCUCUCUCUAUUCGUGUGAAAGUAAACUAAAACUCCGAACUAACUGUACGUGUAUGUAUGCGUAGGUGAACCCGUGUCAUUGGCCUGCAUUUCGGCCGAAUCACCUAGUUAAACCUAUAAAACCCGAGUCACCUUCUUCAUCCACUUUCACAAUCAGCUGUGCAACUUUUUAACAGUUAAAUCCAGCUGGAUUUGCACUUAACUUUUAUUGGCCACUUCAUUCUUUUUAAAGAAGGAGAUGCUGUCUUUUAUUUUGUGCGAACUUUCUAUUGCUUUUUGUUCGGCUUGACAUUAUUCCCUUCAAGGAAAGAAUUCCGUUGUUUUAGCUCCUCAACUUGUGUGCCUCCGUGUAUCUGGUGACGAUUAUUACCUCCGCCCUGUUUGCUUUUUUAUAAGCCAUCUCGCCCACAUGAUUGUUUUAUUUUUCUGUGUGCGUGUUUUAUUUGUAUCGGACAACCAUCGCAUCGAUUACUAUUCAAGGCGUGUGCAGUUGACUGGCGCUCGCGCGUGAUCUAACCUUGGAUUCACAAUGGCUUGACGAUCGCUGUUUUGAAACUGCGUUCAGGCAGUUGGUAUCUGGUUCUUGAAAAAGGAAAAAAAAAAAAAAAAGGAUAGUCGUUAAUUAGCGUUGGAAAAUAGGGUGCUCGUACUGGGUUCCCAACAAAGGCCGCAAUGGUGGUCCGAUCCGCUGCGGAAUUGUGGCUUACGACCGCCUACGCGUUGCGGCUGGUGGCGUUAGUGCUGCCUUUGCUCUCGUUCUCGACGUCCGUCGAAUCCCAUUUCGUCAACAGUAGCCUAGUGCCGACGCCGAGCGCCGUUCGCAAUUAUACACUCAAUUCUAGCGAUGUUCGAAUGCUCUACGAAGCGGGCGAUUGUGCGUGCUUUUGCAAAAUGACCCGUGAAUGGACAGUGUGCGUCGGCAAAGAAUGCCUCCAUGUCCCGCGUACCAUCAACAUUUACAAUCGGCGAUUGAAAGUCACGGGCACGGAAAUUGCCACCAUCGGCCCGUUGGAUUUCGCUGGAUAUCCGGAUUUAUUGGAAUUGCAGUUGGAUGGCAACCUUCUCACAAAUAUCGAAAACGGAACGUUCGCCAAUUUGAGCCAGUUGGUCAACAUGAGCAUUUCGUCGAAUCGGUUGGCCUCUAUCCAGCCGGACGCUUUCCGCGGUCUGGUCAGUCUGCGCUCCCUGCGGCUCAUGAAGAACCGUUUCUUAGCGCUGUCUGAUGUCGUCCCAUCCCUAGUCCCGCUGACUGCCCUUCGAUUCUUGUCACUAAGCGAUAAUACGCUGAGUCGAGUGAAUGCAGCUGAUUUCGCACCGAUGCGCCAUUCGUCACUUGAAACGCUCGAUUUGAGUAAUUGUGAUCUCAAAUACAUCGGUUCUGAGGCUUUUAUGCCAUUCAAGAAGCUUCAGCGGCUGAUACUCAGCGAGAACACAAUGCCUGAAGAUAAUUUAAUUUAUUUGAUCCACACGAUGCGAGAAAGCGGACUUAAAGCGGUGGAUUUGUCGCAGUUGCGCUUUGCUGGGAGUCCGCCUCGAACGCUGUUGGAAGCGCUGUCUCACACCGAUGUCGAAGAACUCAAUUUAAGUAAGAACACACUGCCCAGACUCAGCCCGAAAAUCUUCCCUCUGAUGCCUCAUAUUCGUGACCUGGACUUGAGCGCCUGUGGCAUUAUCACCAUUGAGAACGGCACGUUUAGUCUGAUGCCACUUUUAAUGCGACUCAACUUGGCCAUGAAUGGUCUUGAAGAUAUCCCACCUGCCGUCAUGAUCCUUCCUCAACUCAAGUGGCUCAGCCUGAGCGGCAACUCCGGCUCCGGACACGACUAUGGCGGUGGCGAGCUGAAAUUGCAAGAUGGCAAUUUUGCCUUCAUGUCCAAUUUGACAUAUUUGGAUCUGUCUUUUAACCGAGUAGGUCAAGUGACCCGGGAGAUCUUUCUCGGACUCUCGCGAUUGGAAGAACUCAAUUUGAAGAACAACUCGUUAUAUCGAUUGUCGGAGGGUUGCUUCCAGCCACUUACUUCACUUAAAGUCCUUCAUUUGGAUGGCAACGCUUUUGGCAAACAAAAUUUCAGUAGAAUGACCCUUGAUGGUUUAAGCAGUCUUGAAUAUCUCAACAUGGACCGGUGCAAGUUAUCUUUCACCGAUCAGGAAGCCAUUUUUGCCGGUGCGCCUCGUCUCAAAUACCUGAGCCUGCGUGAUAAUCAAAUUGUUUCGUUUGGAAGCCGCAAUCCUUUUGCGGACGCCACUAGUCUCGUCAUUGUUGACCUAUUCAAGAAUCGUAUCCGCGGUUGGGACAAGCAACUAUUCGCCAGCUCACCUAACCUGGACGUGCUCAAUUUGGCCGACAAUCAAAUCUCCCACGUAUCAAAGGCUAUGAUGGCCGAUAUUGCCAAUCUCUCUGAAGUAGAUUUGGUAGGCAACCCCAUCGAUUGCGAUUGUAAUUUGGAACCUUUACGUCGCUAUGCGCUCUACCACGAAGACACAGAAGAGAGCAAUCUACUUAUCAAAGCCGAUCACUGUUCAUCGCCAGACAAAUGGCGCUUCUUUCCCAUAACGAAUUUUCUAGUGAGACUCGAUCCCGAUGAUUGCCUCGAUAACACGCAAGCAUCCACAGAUGACGAUGACGAUAUUGAUGACGAUGAUUCAUUCAUUGCGGGACCGCACGUGAUCGCUCUCUAUGUCCUGAUUCCCACCGUAUGCCUCUCGAUAUUGGCUGCUUAUGCCAUCUACAGGAGUCGUUGGAUGAUUCGUUAUUACAUGUUCCGCAAAAGGCUCAGUCAAACGAAUUUGAUGAGCUCAGCGUCCAUGGCGGAAUUGGAAGGCAAUUUCAAGUACGAUGCCUUCGUUUCCUAUAGCAACGUGGAUCACGCUUUCGUCGCAAGAAUGGUGGGCAUGUUGGAAAACGCACCUCCGCACUACAAACUCUGCGUUUACGAACGCGAUUUUACCGCCGGCAACGUCCUCAACGAUUGCAUUAUGCAGAGCAUUGCCACCAGUCGCAAAGUGGUGCUCGUCGUUAGCGAGAAUUUCAUCCAAUCUCAUUGGUGUUUGUGGGAAUUGCACCUCGCACAGCAUUCGCUGCUGGAAGACAAGAGAAACGGCCUCAUCUUGGUGGUUGUUGGUAAACUGAAGCUCAACCAGCUGCCUCCGACGUUGCGAUUUCUGAUGAAGACGCGGAUCUAUUUAGAAUGGGAUCUAGAUCCGUCCAAACAGCGAGUCUUUUGGGAACGACUCCGAGAUGCUCUGGCUCCUUCCGCCUCACAGAAGAGCAUCACUUUAUCGAGAGCUGCAUGACCCUUCUUUUAUCAUUUUUUUUUAGUAUUAUCUUUUCAUUCAACCCAUAAUCUCGUCAUGCUGUACAUAGUAAUUUUAUCGCCAUGUUCGUAAACUAAAGAGAAGAAUAUCGCUGGAAAAAUUUCUAUCGGAUCGCUACAUGCAAUAUGAGACAUAGUUUAAAUCUGAUUUUUUGUAAAUUCGUUGCGGAUAAAUGAAAAGAAGAAAGAAAAAAAAAGCUUCAGAAUUUCUAUUUUAUUUUUUUGAGCUUUCCAUUUGCAUCCCCACGGCGCACCUUCUACAAAGAUCUCGCUCGAGCCGCUAGCCAUGUUUUCGACAGGUUUUUCAUUUUAAAUGUGUUUCUGCGAAGUGCCCCACCCCCCCAAGUUCGACAUUAUGGAGCGAUAGUAGAGACAGACUGUGAAUGAAACCAACUGGACACUGGUAAGGUGACAGAGAUCUUGAGCCUUCACUUUCGAUCGGUCUAAUUUUUGAAUUUGCAGACGGGAAAAACUUGGUCCUCUCAUUUUGGCAUUUCUAAAUAGUAUUAAAACCGGUCGCGAAAAGUUUCUCCUUCGAGGCAGAUGAAUUUUUGUCCGUUCUGGCUAUAAAUUUGACUCUUUUAUGCGCCGAAGAAUGUUGUAACCAGUUGUUAGCCGCCUUGAUAAUAAGGCUUGCUCCGGGAAGGUGGACGAAGAAGCACAAACAACUGCAAGAUUUUUCUUCCAGGACGUUCAACUGGUGUCUCGCAAAUCGUAAAAAUUCCGUUAGGCAUUUUAGAAACUGACCCUUUUUAUGCCAACUACAAUAGUAGUAUUUUCUUUUGUUUUGUUUUUUUCUUGGCUUUGAUACUGCAUCCAUCUAGCGGUGACGACGUAGUACUUUUUCUGAUAUUACCUUCCUUAUUCCUUCAAUCACUGGAUACAAGAAAACACUGUAAAAUAUUUGAGUUUUCUAAUAAUUUCCUGAUGUUCCUUCUUGUAUUUCUACAUCAUUUUUCGUGGAUUUGUUGUUUUACACUGGAUCCUAAUUAUCCUACUCCUCUAUCAUACGCCCCGCAUAGGGUAACACUUUGCUUGUUCACCAGCAUGGACUUUAUUUUCUUGUUUUCGUUUAUCCCCGCCAAGCGACCGUUCGAAACGGGUCGUGCCAUAUUGCAGCCUGUCGUGGGGGAUUCCCUGGCGAUCCGGGGAAGUCCGGACAUAGUUUCUAAAAAAAAAAAAAAAAAAAUGGUCUGCUUCCAAACACACCGUUUUUUCGCAUGCCUUAACGGUAUCGAAUACGAGCAGUUAUUAUAAACUACAGUCAGUUAAUGAAUCUAAUUCACUGAAACCGCGACCGCAUUCCCGUUGGUUUGAGUCUCACUUGCUUUACUUAAGCACCCUUGCUCCUGGGUUUUGUUGACUUGGUUUUUACCCUUUAAAGCGUGUAAUCGUGAGUAGAAAUUGGAAAAAAAAAAACUGGAAUAUUAUUAUCCUCUUUCGUGGUUCCACUUGAAUCAGUAAAUAGAAUUUUAUUGCAAACGGUAGUACAAAUGGUUAAUAAAUUUAAUUAACCCUUAUGUUGUAACGUGCAAUAAUUUCCGCGUAACCUGUGUUGACCAAAGGGAAAUUGUGAUUUUGUAAUUUAUUUGACUGCCAGUUUAUGGCAUGAUACCCAAUUUUUAAUUAAUUCAGCUAUGUGCUUCGUUGUUUUUUUAAUUGUUUAUGUUGUUUAUUGAAUUUAACAAUUUUCUUGGCUAAUGCUUCCAUAACUCCAUUCUUGUCAUCCUCGUCACAGCAUUGAUCAAUAUUACCCCAGAAAAACAGAUUA